CCAAGGACUACAAAGGCCUCAUGGAGCAGCCCAAGGAGCCCAAGUUCAAGGGCGCCUUGUGCCAGAUCUUCGUGCGCUCCCAGCCCUACGGCGGCUCCGACAAGAGCAACAACGGGCACCGCUAUGACUCCGUGCCAUUCGCCAACGGCAUGAUCACAGCUGGCAUGAGCUGCCAGUUGAUCCACUACUUGCACGAGGAUCAUGAUGCUUUCUUUGAGCUCUGCAAGGCUUUCAAUUUUAUCAUCGUAAGGUGCAAUCCCGGCCAGAUCAAGGCAGAUGGCGGGGAUCAGCAGAAGUUCGACGAUGCCAUGCGCGUAGUGCGGAAGACCGGGGUGCAGAUUUGGCCGUCCCCAGACGUCAUGGAGAAGAUGGGCGCCAAGGAUGCCUUGUGCAAGGUGGCCACGAUGAACAUCGGCUUGGAGGACACCUUGGCUUACUACUCCCCCGAGGAGUUUGUGGCGGGUUUCAAGAAGACCAUGGCAUUCCAGCCCCGCGUCAUCAAGCAGAACCGGGGAUCCUCAGGCGAGGGCAUUUGGAUCAUCAAGCUGAAGGAGGGCAACUACUGCAAGGAGUACGGUGAGCGAUCCUGCGAGGAUGGCGAGAAGCUUUCCCUGAUGGAGGCCAACGACAACCACGAGGAGGAGCACACCGUGGCCGAGUUUAUCGAGUUCUGCGUCAGUGGCCGCAACGACAAGUCCGGGGAAUGGACCUCCAAGGGCGUGGGCAAGUACUUGGAGGGCGGCAAGGCAGCCGGUGGCCAGCUUGUGGAUCAGCGCUUCUGCCCCCGUAUCGUGGAAGGAGAGCUGCGCUACAACCUCAUCGUGGACGCCCUGGUUGGCAUCAUCCACAAGAAGCCCAAGGAGGGUGGGAUCUCUGCAGUGGGUGGCACUGGCUCCACCUACACCUACUACGGCCCUGAGGAGAAGUUGUUCGACAACUUGACCACCAACUUCCUGAAGAAGGAUUUGCCCCACGUCAUGCCUGCGCUGGAUCUGGCGGAAGAGCCAGUGCCUCUUUGGUGGACCACGGACUUCAUCAACUCUUCCCCUGAGGGCACCAAGCCUGAGGAGGAGACGUGGAUCGUGGGGGAGUUCAACUGCUCCUGCGUGGGCAUCUCCCGGUGCCUGGCUGCCUACUGCAAGGAGGACACCCCGAACGCCAGCUGGGACGACAUCUCGGAGGAGGACAAGGCAGAGGCCAAGAAGUACGGGGAUCUCAUGGGGGAGAAGGCUUUGGCCAUCCUCUCCAAGUAAAUGGCUCAUGUCAUGGCAGGCUGGGUUUCACUGACACAGCCCCGCCCCAUUUUGGGGGUGCCUGUGGGCAUCUGUUUCAAAGCUAGGCCAAUGGAUCACUGAAUCGUGCAUGGCUCCUGCGGCCUUUUUGCGGCCCUUUGGCUGGGACCGCAGGAGGCUAAACUCCGGCGGCCGAAACGGCACCGGAAGGAAAAUCCCGCCAGCCUGCCAGAAGAGUCACAGAGAUUCCGUUUGCGUACGACAAAA